AUGUUCCCACUUGUACCAGGCCAUGAAACCGUAGGUGAAGUUGCUGCAUUUGGUAGCAGCGUCCAAGGCUUCAAGGUCGGUGAUCGUGUGGUCGCAGACAACUCUGAGUUGUGCGGGCACUGUUUUUACUGCCGUCGGGGGCAAGAGCUCUUCUGCGAUAACUUCAUUGCUCAUGGCGUUAUGGUCGAUGGUGGCUUUGCAGAGUAUGCUAACUACCCGGCAUGCCGUGUAUUCAAGUUCAAGAAUCUAUCCGAUAUAGAAGCGACGCUUUUGGAGCCUGCAUCCUGCGCGGCGCAUGGACUGGAUAAAAUUGCGCCUCGAAUGGGGUCAAGCGUACUUUUAUUCGGAGCAGGUCCUACCGGGUUGAUCUUGGCUCAACUUCUGCGCCAAAAUGGCGGUUGUCAUAUGGUGAUUGCUGCACCGGCUGGCUUGAAGAUGGACCUUGCAAAGUCUCUUGAUGCCGCUGAUGAAUACAUCGAGCUUCCACGCGAGGCACAAGCUUCAGCUACUAGAAUGAAGCAGCUUCAAGCGGACCACUCUUAUGGCUUCGAUAUUGUUGUCGAAGCUACGGGCAACGCGAAGAUAUUGGAAAAUGCUAUUAACUUUGUGACAAAGGGUGGCAAGCUAGUUGUGUAUGGUGUUUAUGGUGAUGAAGAUCGUGUUGCAUUCUGUCCAAACAAGAUUUUUAAAGAUGAGAUCAACGUGAUUGGGUCUUUCAGCCAAGUUUACAAAUUCCCUGCUGCCAUUGCUUAUCUUGAUGAAAAGCGAGUUAAGGUUGAAGGAAUUGUCAACAAAGUAUUCAAGCUAGAAGAGUGGCAAUCAUGCCUGGACGCACUGAGCAACAAGACCGUUAUCAAGGCCGCAAUCGUUUUCGACUAG